AGAUGGGCAGCAUGAGACCCCGCUCUGCUCGGAUCAUGCAAGCAUGGGAAUAUUUGGAGGAAAAGACCAUUUGACGGCUCCCUCAGAGAAAAGAAACAUGUGGAAGACCCUAACACUCUCACUGAUAGUUGCACUGGCGUUGGGCACAGAGGUGUCCCAGUGCGAGGAUGUGGGGUCCACGGUGACUGUGGAGAAGCCAUUGGACAAGCAGCAGGACAACUACAGCGACAUAUCCACCGUAGGGAAGUCCCGACACAAGAUCCUGGCUGCUCAGUACGAGUGCUACCUGAAGAUCAUAAGCGAUCCACCGCGUACAGAAGAAGGUAAUUUCUGUAACCGUACGUGGGACGGCUGGCUGUGCUGGGGGGAUGCAACUCCAGGGACCGUCAUGCAGAUGUGUCCGGAAUAUUUCUUCGACUUUGACCCCGCUGAGAAGGUUACUAAGGUGUGUAAUCCUGGAGGCCAGUGGUUCCAACACCCAGAGAGCAACAGAGUCUGGACUAACUACACCCAGUGUCAGGCCUUCACCAAAGACAAACUCAAGUUUGCCAUCAGUCUCUACUACCUGGCCAUGGUGGGUCACGGCCUGUCUAUUGUCUCCCUCAUCAUCUGUCUGAUCAUCUUCUCCUACUUCAAGAGUCUCAGCUGCCAGAGAAUCUCCCUCCACAAGAACACGUUUCUCUCCUAUAUCUUGAACUCCAUCGUUACAAUAAUGUGGCUCUCGCUCACUAUGGCCAAAAACCAAGCCAUAUACGCCAGCAACCCCGUGAGCUGUAAGGUCCUGGCUGUGCUGACUCAGUACACGUCUAUCUCUAACUACUUCUGGAUGCUGUGUGAGGGCAUCUACCUGCACACGCUCAUCAUCGUGGCCGUCUUUGUCGGGGAACAGCAGCUCUUCUGGUACUACGUCCUGGGAUGGGGUUUUCCCUUUGUUCCUGCCAUCACGUAUGCCGUGGCUCGCGGGCUCUUCUUUAACGACAAGUGUUGGAUCAGCACUCACACACACCUGGUUUAUAUCAUCCAGGGGCCCAUUCAAGCUGCACUACUUGUGAACUUUUUCUUUCUCCUGAACAUCGUCCGGGUUCUUAUCACCAAGCUGAAGGAGACCCACUGUGCCGAGUCCACAGCCUACAUGAAGGCGGUGAGAGCCACCCUCAUCCUCAUCCCUCUGCUGGGAGUCCAGUUCAUCCUCGUACCCUGGAGGCCGGAGGGACGCAUCAGCCGGGCCAUCUAUGAUUUCUUCGUAAACAUCUUCUGCCACUUCCAGGGACUCCUGGUGGCAAUUAUAUUCUGUUUCUGCAAUGCUGAGGCCCAGACAGCUCUGAGGAGGAAGUGGGCUCAAUGGAAGUCUGCCUGGGGUAAAACCGGCUGGGGGGAAACGCCCAACUCCAACAACCAUUUCAACUACCACAACAACUCCUCCAUUACCGAAAACAGCCGAGCCACCAUCUGCUCGGAGGAGCCGGCUGCCGUGCCUUCUGAACAAACGGAAAGCAGCCACUUCCUGUCCCAGGUAGAGCAGAAAGCCAACGGGCAGCAGACGACGUGCAGCAAUGGCGAGGUGGACAUGCUCAACAAGAUGGAGACCACCGACAUUUGACCAGAGAAAAACGCGGAGGUGAUGGUUGCCGUGCCAAACACACACACCAACACACACGCACUCACCUAUAGGUGCACACAUAAGACGGAAAACUCAAAAAAAUAGAGAGGUCAGGGGAAUUUUCAAAAUAAAGGUUAACUGAUUGGGCCCUUGUGAACAUAUAAAGUAUCAGCUCCAGUUUUUGGACUGAUGAGAAAAAGAUCAUUUAUAUAAUGGUGUCAUCCUGUAAUCGUAGUAUAGUCAUGUUUUUUUGCAUACAUGUGUUCUGUCCCUGGAAUGAAGUCCACUUAUGUAUUUCAGUUAUUGGUUUUUUUUCUCUAUUUUUUUUCCAUUUUGAUAUAUCAAAUGCAGAGCUGUUUGUGUAAUCAGUUGCCUUAUGGAGCCUCUGAAUGCUUUACCAGUACACCACUGUGACCAAUGAAUGUCAUAGCCCAGUGUGUGUUAUAUAUAUAUAUAUGUUAUUUUACAGGCUUUUAUCUAUGAAAGAUAGUGUAAUCAUCGCUGACCUUAGAAAAAUAGCCAGCAUUCCCCCUCUUAGCCUCUUUCAGUAAAUUAAAAAACAUACCACACUGAGAAAAGAUUAUGUUAACGGGAUGAAAUUAUUUAAAAAAAGCCACACGCGUGAGAUUUUCAUUUCCCGAACAGAAAGUAACAGAAACAGGAUGUACUUUCAGUCCAAAAGGCCUAACGUUAUAAACACAGGCUACUAUAUUUUGAGCAUAUCGGAUUUAUCUGCCCUAGAAAGGCAAAACCCAGUAAAGACCAGAAUCUGACUUUUUGAUAUAUACCAUAUAAAAUGUAUUAUACUAUCUAGAAAUGUAUCAUUUCUGCAAAAACAGGGUGUGACAUAAAAACUGCGCUAAAAGCCAAACUUUAGUUAGACAAGAGUUGGCUCCCCAAUUUGUUACUCCACAUAACUAAAAGAAACAGUUUUUAAAAUCCAAUCAGGACGGAGAAAAAAAAAGUCUGCUAACGUUAACCUAGCAAAGGUCAUGCUAAUGGUUGCCUUCCCAGUUUAGCAGAGUAGCAUCAGCUAUCAACUCAGCUUUUAACUUCUGUUGAGGUUCGGUGGCUUUUAAAUGAAGUCAUUAUGUUUAAAUGUAUUGAACUGUAAAUUCAUUAUAUUGGUUUCAACUUAAAACCUUUUUUUUUCUCAACUUCAACAUUUCAGUUUUUGCUAUUUGUAGAGAAGUGAUAUUGAAAACGGAAGUCAAAUUUUAAUUCUGACUUCUGUCAAAAAAGGUAAAACUAGCUCUGGGCAUGUAAAUGGUCAGAAGAGAAGACGUAACCCCACAUUAUCACUAUAAAAUAAGUUUCCUAAAGUUGAUGGUAACUCACUAUUUAUGCUUACACAAAUAUUCAGGUUACCAAAAUUAUGAAUUUACAUUUAUGGCAAAUAAAUAGACCUUGUUUUAACAUGUAAUGUACUACGUACGGGCUUCUGACUUUGAGCUUAAGAUAGUGGCAAUCUGUAUGUAACAAAGGAAAAAUCUCAUCAUCGUAGAACACAUAUGUAAAGCAGUGUGAAGCUUAUUUUGAGGCUCAACUGAUUUGGACUGAUUCACUUCCUGGAACUAAAUUAUGUGCCAAACAUUAUGGGUUAUAACUAUCCUAAUUCAAAGAGGGAGCAGAGCUUUUAGUGCAGGAGAAUCACUGGUGCAGAGAUAAUGGAGCUGCUGAGUGCUGCAAUUAUCCCACUCCUACUGAAUCUUAGUCAUUCUCCUCAUUUACUCCAUUUAAAACACAGGGAUUUGGGGGGUUGUGGCAAAAUGUAGUACACAAACGACAGACAUAAAGACACUUUGGUGUGUGAAUUAAUGUAUAUGGGGAGCAUGUGCACAUGUGCUUUUCACAAAUAGUCCCUCCAACUUUGUUACAUUUGGUCGGGACAUUUUUUUUUACUUAUUUAAUAUCCCAAAAUCUUUAUUGUAAUAUGAUGGGAAAUCUUAAUGUGAUUGUUAUGCCCUGAACAUUUAGAAUGAAAACGAAGUUGAGACAGUACACGUUUAGAAUUCCAUUUUAAAAUGUUUCUGUCUUCAAUAUAGCCUUUGCAGACAGAAGAAGAUUUUUAUAUAAUUUGUGAGGAAUAAAUGUUUUUCCAUCUCUUAUUAAACCCACUUCAGUCUGCAGGGGAAGACAAUUUCAAAUUUCUUUCAUGUCUUUAAUAUUAUAGUGUUCCUAUUGCUUUGUAUUGUUCUGUGUUAUUGUUGUGGCUGUUAAAACAGUCGCUUUCACUAUUUGUAAUGGAUUGUUAUAUUGUAUAAUGUGCUUUUUUUGCAAAAACAAUUCCCUGCCACUUCACAUUUAAUUUAAUAGUUUUUCCAUUGCUUGUGUAACGUGCUGUUUGUACACUGGCAGGCUGACAGUACCAGCACCUUUUGCGGUUUGCACUGGAAUACUAAGUAGGUCUAAUGUUUGAAAGAAUGCAUUUUAGAAUUCUUCCACGAUGCAUCCACACAACAUACUGGGAAUACAAAUGCCCCCAGUGUGGAUACAGCAGGCUACACUGAUGCACGGGGAAUGAAACACUAUUGUGGGGGGGGGGACUGAGCAUGAGAAAGCUCUUUAAAAGAAAGACGGAUGUCAACUCUUUUUGCACAGGUAUGUCACCCUGUACACAUUUGCCAAUGCUGCCCAGUCGAGAAAACACUUGUCGUGGAUAUAUUUGUAAUGAAAUUCGAAAAACAUUCCAAUAAAACAUCAAAAGAAAAGUUCAAUUCAAGUACCUUAUUGUAUAUACAUUUUUAACACUGCCAUUUAUGCGUGGAAAUAAAGUUGU